GACUCACCGGAAAUUGAAAGGGAGGGGCUGGGGCCGCUGGGAGCGCAGACGCGCAGCGGCUGUGGACCCGGAACUGCGAGAGUGCCGCCUGGCCUCGCGCCUUGCGUGUUUGCUUCUCUGCGGAGAUGCCCAGCUGGGGUGAGCGACCCGAGGACGGCGCUGGGCCCGUCCCUGCUGAGAGCUCGACCCUGCACAAGGAAGAGCUCAGCAGCAAGAUUAAAGAACAAAAAGUUGUUGUGGAUGAACUUUCUAACCUGAAGAAGAACAGGAAAGUAUAUAGGCAGCAACAGAACAGCAACAUAUUCUUUCUUGCAGACCGAACAGAAAUGCUUUCUCAAAGCAAAAAUAUAUUGGAUGAGCUGAGGAAAGAAUAUCAAGAAAUAGAAAACUCAGAGAAGACCAAAAUCAAGAAAUAGCCAACUUGAUUUUUCAUAGCAAUGUGUGGCAUUUGUUGUGCAGGAUGAACACCUGGCACCAAGUGAAGUUUUGAAAACUCGUAACAGGAAAGCAAAUGUCGCAGUUCUGUUUUCUGGAGGGAUUGAUUCCAUGGUCAUCGCAGCCCUUGCUGACCAUCAUGUUCCUUUAGAUGAACCAAUUGAUCUUCUUAAUGUGGCUUUCAUGACUAAAGAAAA